UUUGCACACAAACGUCAAAUGUGAUAUUAUUUUGUAAUUUUUAAAAUACAUAUUGCUUUUUGAAAUAAGUUUGAGUAAAAAUGGAUAGCGAUAGCGAAAUUGAAAAUACUCCUCCAGAAUUGAGAGAACAAGCCAAUUCGUUAUCGUUAUUACCUUCAACUUCAAGAGAAAAAUAUGAAACUACAUACAAACAGUUUAUGGAUUGGAAGAAAAAAUAUAAAACUAAAAGUUUUUCUGAAAAUAUAAUUAUGGCAUAUUUUGAAGAACUAUCAAAAUCAAGAAAAUCAUCUACUCUAUGGUCAAUAUAUUCAAUGCUAAAAUCGACUAUUAAUAUUAAUCAUGGUAUUAAUAUAUCAACUUAUGCAAAAUUACGUACCUUUUUAAAAAGAAAAUCUGAUGGUUAUAUUGCGAAGAAAGCACAGACUCUGACAUCCGAAGAAAUAAAUCAAUUUAUAAGAGAAGCCCCGGACGAUAGAUACCUACUAACUAAGGUUGUAAUGGUUAUUGCAAUUAGUGGUGCAUGUCGAAGAAGUGAAUUAUGGAAGCUGAAAAUAAAUGAAAUAGAAGACCUAAAGUCCGCAUUAAUAGUGAAGUUAAGUGACACGAAAACAAAAGCUCCAAGAAGUUUCACAAUUACCGGUACCUUUUAUAACAUAUGUAAAAAAUACAUUCUAUUGCGUCCUUCUGAUCUACAUGAAAAUCGUUUUUUCCUUAAUUACCAAAAAGGAAAAUGUACUCGACAAGUGGUAGGAAUCAACAAGUUUUGUAAAAUGCCACAAGAAAUCGCAUCAUUUUUAAAGUUACCGAACCCAAAAUUGUAUACAGGUCACACAUUCCGGAGAUCAUCCGCAACCGUGUUAGCAAAUUCAGGAUCUGAUCUUUUAACACUGAAACGUCAUGGUGGCUGGCGGUCAAAUAGUGUCGCAGAAGGUUAUGUUGAUGAUUCUAUGCUCUCCAAAAUAAACAUUUCAAAUAAAAUAAUGCAAUCAAUUGAUCAACAAAUGUCAACCGCAGUGCCUACAGACGUAAAUGCGAUAUCACAACCUAAAAGCUCUUUUACUGUAGAAAGUUUUGCAAGUGAUGUGCCUUCAACUUUUACAGCAGAUUUAAAUAUUGUUGAAAAUAAAACCAACUCUCCUAGAAAUUUCAUUCAAAAUUGUUCCAAUUUUACAGUGAACUAUAACUACAAUAAUUAAAGCAGUGCAUUCAUUUUUGAACUGA